UUUACCCAUUCAUUCACUGAUCUUGUUAAACCUGCUUUGUGGGCAGAGAUUAGAGUACACUGGCGAGAGGCGGAGACAAAAUAAAAGAGAGAGCUCAAGUUAGAUCAAGUACCAGAGGAGUCCUGUUCAUGCAUUGAAGAGGAAAAAACUAAAUUUGCUGUUCUUGGUCAUGGAUGAUUUUGUUCGUAACAAAUUAACUGAAUGGGGUCUCAGCAUGUGGAUCAAAACAUUUGAAGAUCAGUGCAUUGACAAGAAAAAUAUUUACUGUCUUGAUGAACAUGACAUCAUUAACUUGAUCCCAAAAGUGGGACCAAGGUCAACAUUCAAGACGAAGCUCAAGUCGUUAAAGAAAGAACAAAACACAGCAAAUCAGGCAACAGUUGAUUCUUCUGCUCAAGUUCUGCCAUCAACCAGUGACACAAGUGAUAAAGGUAAGAGAAAGUUAGAUCCUCAGGGCGAGUCCAGCAAAGGGCAAUCACCACCUAGUAAACGACGAUGUGGGACAAAACAUGGAUCAUACUCAGAAGAAAUCAUACUGUCUGAUGUGAAAAACAUCAUGAACUUUGUCGAUAAGAAAAUACCUAACCAAGGCAACACAAAGCUCAACAACUUCCUGAGGUAUAAAAUUUGUGAUUUGGAGACAGAGAAGAGGGAGCUGGUUGGUGUCUUUGGUAAAACUGGGGCUGGAAAGAGCUCUUUGAUAAACGCUGUCAUCGGAGAGAAGAAUCUCUUACCCUCUGGAAGUGUCAGUGCAUGUACCACAGUCAUGAUUAAAGUGGAGGCUAACAUGCUGAACUCAAAGUAUGAGGCAGAAAUUGAGUUCAUUACAAAAGAGGAGUGGAAAGAUGAGUUGUGGUCCCUGUUAAAUUUCCUUCGGGAUAAUGCAGAUAAAGACAAGGAAGAUGACGAUGAUUAUCAUGACGAUGAAAAGCUGUCAGCAGUGUAUGGAGAAGAAUGGAAAGACAAAUCUCCUGAAAACCUCAUGGAUGACAAAUAUUUCAGAGAAAUUCCAGAAUUUCUUCUUUCCAAAAGGAAGAUUUUGACAUGUGAAUCGGCUAAAGAACUGUCCGCAAAAUUUGUCAAAUUCACAAGAAGUGACUCAAAAGACGAAGAACGGAAAAAAGUAAAGAGGUGGUACUGGCCACUAGUGAAGUGUGUGACUGUCAGGGUGCCUGGGAAUGAUUCUCUCCAGCAUGUCACACUUGUGGAUCUUCCUGGAAAUGGGGACCGUAACAAGAGCAGAGAUAAAAUGUGGAAAGGGAUUGUUGGGAGUUGUUCUAUUGUGUGGAUUGUGACUGACAUAAAUCGAGCUGCGGCAGAGAAAGAACCCUGGGAGAUCCUGAAAAGUGCCAGUAGCCUCAUGGGAAAUGGUGGCCAGUGUCAAGAAAUUCACUUUAUCUGCACCAAAUCUGAUCUUAUUGAAGAUUCGGAUGAUCCUUCAGCCGCUGGUGUUCGUGCUCUCAUAUUUAAAAAAAACAUGCAAGCCAAAAAAGAAGUGAGCAGAGAAUUCAGCAAACUAAACAAGGUUAAGAAACAUUUCAGUGAUGACUGUUUCAAAGUGUUCACAGUGAGCUCCAAAGAGUUCCUAAAGAAAAAACAUCUAAACCCAGAUGAAACUGAAAUCCCCAAACUUCAGGAGAUCCUACAAAAUCUCAAUGACUGUCACUCAGAGACAUUAAACUAUGUGACUGGAGCUUAUGGGAUUCUCUCUCUGAUGCAAGGCGCCAAAUCUAGAGAAGUGAGAGGCUGCAUAAACAGAAAAACAAAUGCAUGCAUGGACCUUGAAAAAAAUUUGAGACAUGAACUUGAUAAAGUCAGAGAAGCCAUGGACGAGGCUCAUAAGGCUUUUGAAAAAUGCCUGAGUGAGGGGGUUGAAAGAUCUAAAAGUUCAUGUGACCAAACUUGCAUUCCGUCUUAUAUCCUGUACAGAGGGGUAAAAGGUGGUGGUUUUCACAUGACUUUGAAGUGUUUAGUUGUGAACAACGGCAUUUAUCUACCAAAAAAAAAAAAAAGCAAACCAAUAGACCUCAAUGUGAAGUUAGCUUCAAGCCUCACUGACAGCAUUGAUGAGAAAUUCAAGAAGACCUUCCCAAAUGAAGGAAAAUGUGGACCAUUCAACGGGGUCAUCAACACGUUUUCACUUGACACAAAGAUGCUGAUUCAAAAGCACAAAGAUGUCAAACUGCAACUGAUAUUUCUCAGGACAGAGGAAAACAAAAUUAAAGCAAAACUCAUCAAAAUCAUCCGGGAACGUAAGAAAACAAUCUACAGCAGUCUGAUGACGACAAUCGAGAAGACCAUGCAAGAAUGCUAUAUAAAAGCAGCAGAAUUUAGAGGACCGGGCACGCUGAAAAACAUGAGGAACACUAUUGAGAAACACAUUUGUGAUUCAAAGAACACCAUGUUUAAACAGGCUAAAGAUGUUAUGUUGAGCAAACUGAGACACUUGAAGGAGGAAAUCCUGCAGACACUGGAAGAAACAAUGCAGAAAUCAAUUGACCUGUCACUCAAGAUAGAUGCUGUCUCAAUCCCAGAUGUUACAGCGGAGCUUGAAAUGGUGAAAAAAUACUACCAUGAACUGAGAGGAAGCCCAGAUGGACAAACACAAAUUGCUGAUCCACGCAGUCCAGCAGCUGCACCGUGACAUGUGCAGAUUUGCUCAAUGGAGAGAAACAGCAGAAGCCUGAUUAUCCACUGAAGCUCUCUGCAGACACACUGAUUAGAGACAUGAGGCCUCUGGAUUUGGUCUCAACCAUUUUAUCAAGUUCUUAUCUCUGUUCUGGGUGUUGUGUUCAUGUGUACUUUGAGUGCUUGUUGUGAAUUACAUGCACAGAGAUUUUAGAUUUCCUUUUGUGUUUUUGGUUGGACAUUUUUGCCUUUAAUUAAUUGUAGAUCACAGUCAAACAAAUAAUGUGGGAAGACAGAAAGACGGGGGUGACAUGCAAAAAAGGCUCCUAGCUGGAUUUAAACCAGGGACGUUUUGGAUUUCAUCAUUAUGGGUUUUAGCGACUAUAGACCACUAUGAUGUCCCAGAGAUUAAUUAACUUUUUAUUUUCUUCAUCUUGAAUAUAUUUUCAUGUUUGUCAUCUGUGUUAUUUUAUGAGUUUAGUGUUGGUUGAUUGGGAUGGGUGCUUUGAAAUUUAAAUGAUUUCAUGACUGUCUUGAUUACAGUGCACUGUGGAAUUGACUCUCUAGCGGACUAUAGGCCUAUAGAAAACAUUAGUAGAAAUUAUUGAAAGAUAGAUGUGUUUAUUUUUGUGCUGUUCACUUUAUGGACAUCGUGACUGAACAUUGUAAUCAAUAGUUUGUUUUGUAGGCUGUAGGAGUGCUUUUUGGAAUUUUGCAUCAUAGGCCUACUUAGGCUGCUUUCAUUGUUGUAGCCUGUGUUAUGUUCAACUUCAGUGAACGUGUGUGUGACGUGAUACUUUUGACAUGAUUGUAUACAUUUCAGCAAACUCUUUAGGCAUAUAUCUCAUUCUGUUCUUUAAAAGUCUAAGGUUUACAAAUAAGCCUAGGCUUAUUUGUUUGUGUCUAGCCUUGUACAUUUGUAUGUGCUUUGAUUAGUGUAUCCAACGAAGGUUAAAGUCAAGGGCAACUGGACUUGGUUGAAGAUACUGGAAGACGUUUCGUCCCUCAUCCAAAGGACUUCUUCAGUUCUGACUGACUGGCAGGGAAACUCAGCUAUUUAA